AAAUUGCUCCUUUAACUUAUAGGGGUAUAAAGUACAUUUUUCGAAAGAAAACGGUGAACUGGAUUGUUUCUGGCAUAGAACUGUGAAUUACGAGAAAUAGCUAAAUUUUCUAAACAUCUCGGAAACUUCUAAAUAUCCUAAAAAAAAUCCGGAUAUUUGUGGAAAGGCCCAUCUUGGUUACUUUGUCACGCAUGGUAUUAAUUAGCGAUGCGACAAGUAUUGUUUACAUGUAGCAGCGUGUGUGGACGAGCAAACAUGGAGACUCCCAAGCACUACUACAUUCUGAAAGAGGUGGAACCGCCUUCUAACAAGCCUAACUACAUUGCUAUAGCAGUUGCUGCAGUGUUGUGCCUCCUAGGACUUAUUCUUGUCAUAACUGGAGGCGCGUUGCUCUCCAAAGCCAGGGAUUGCACUGUCGGGUCGACAGCUCCACUCGAGAAAUCGGCACCUUGCGACUAUUCCGAUGAAGCUCAGCGCGUGGAAUUGGACAUGUUUCUUGUAAAAGUGAAAACAACGUAUUACAAAAUGAAUCCUAAUAACGUGGUUCACGAUCCUGAUUCGACGCCCACCAUCAUUCGCCAGAAUUUCAGUCCGUACAACGCGCAUCCAGACGCCAUUCGUAACAGGACAGAGGCUGCUCGGGCGCUCUACCGCGAGGCUAAAGAUCUUGAUCAGAAGGCGGACAGCACGAAAAUGAAACCGCGCGAAGUCAAAGCAAUAGCCCAAGUCAAGCAUUUUCUACAAAGCAACUUUGGCGCGCCAUAUGAUGAGAAUUACUACGCCGGUGACUGGAUGCUGGGGCCAAAUAAGUUCUGCUGGCAGCCGAUAUGCGCAGUUGGGAACGAUAUCAAAUCUCAUUUUACAUACAAAAGUUGGGGAAUCCAACCCAAGACAGUGGACGACGUUAACUUUGUUAUAGAUCACCUGAAACGUUUAAAUGAUUCUUUGAUGCAAUACAUUGAAAAUGUCAAGUAUGGUGUUAAAGCGGGGUUUGUUCGUCCAGAGGAAGAUUGCCAAGAUGGAUUGUAUUCCAUUCAACGCACGUAUUUCAACGUUUCACAGCAGGGACCUCUGGGAGUUUUAAACGAAUCAUACACGCAAGAAAUGCUGGAUCCAAAAUGGCUGGCUAACCUCCAGAAAGAUGCUGCCGAGGCGUGGGAGAGAGACCAUAAGGAAACCGUGCGAACAUCCAUAAACGAAGCCCUAGUUGAGUACGUGGGUAAACCGCUGGACAGUUUGCUGAACUACCUGGAGUUCAACCAUUCCCAGUACUGCGUGCCCAGUAACAUCUCCAGUGGCUUGGCAACUCUACCUCUGGAGUAUAUUUAUAAAAACGGCAAGAAUACAGGAGUUAAAACGACUGGAAAACUUCCGAACGGGGAGCCUUUAAGUGGAAAGAAAGCCUAUGAAAUGAUCCUGCCCUACUUCACAACCAAUCAGAUGACACCAGAUCAGGUCUUUUCCCUGGGACAUGAAAUGUUGAAUAAGCUUUAUCCGAGAGCUGUUGAAAUCGCCAAGAAAAUCACAGGCAAGCAGGAUGAAGCCCAGGCAGUCGAUGAGUUCAAGAAGCGUUUAGAAGAUCAGAGUAUGUUUUUUAACGACGAGAAGAUCCCAGAAAACGAGAGCAACAAAGAUGCAUUCGCGAAGUGUACCAGUAUGGAGCAGGCGAAGAUUUACUGUCCUAAGCGGUACAAAGCGAUGUUGACGUGGUUUGAAUAUGUCAAUACUGUCUUGAGUGAUCUUGCUCCGAAGACCAAUCACAUGUUUCAUUUCACUGGUAAGCACCAGAGCACUCCUAAUUGUCCAGUCCAGCUGGUCGCCAAUUUCAACCCGGGGACUGGUUCCCAGAGCUUCCGAACCAGUGAUAAAGAUUGCACCAAACCUGCGAAGUACAGGUUACCGUUCUAUUUGAAAGAUAUGGGACCAAGAUACAAUGCCAUCUCGGUGGGUGCACACGAAGCAAGGCCUGGGCAUCACACACAGGCGCAGGGAUUUAAAGAGUUGUUUGGUGACACCUGUGGAGGUGUUAUGGGUUGGUUGAACGGUGCUUCGUACUACACCGCGUUCACAGAAGGCUGGGCACUAUAUGCAGAGAAUCCGCUGAUCGCUGAAGAGACAGACGCUUAUGACAACGACCCACUGCAGCUUUAUGGAAUGCUGAAAUGGCAAAUAUGGCGGGCAUUGCGUUUAAUGAUGGAUACUGGACUUCAUUACAAAGGAAUGAAGCGAUGGGAAGCCUUGAAGCUCUUCGCCGAAAAGGCCUGGGACAAAACCGACAAGGCCGUGAAAGAUGUCACUCGUUACCAGAGCGAUCCCGGUCAGGCCACCGCGUACAUGAUUGGUCAGUUGAGGAUUUGGCACGUGCGCAACGAAACCAAGGCGAAGAUUGAAGAAAAUAAAAAGAAAUUCAGCGAAAAAGAUUUUCACUACCAAGUCCUGUCCCAGGGGUCUUCGCCAUUGAGUUACAUGGAAAGUCAUCUAAACAAGUUUGCUGAUUGUGUCAUCAAGCCAGACUCCGAUGGUUGCGAAUACAUCACAGGGGACCCAGGUGAUGCGGCUUCUAAAAAAAUGGAUUUGAAUGCUAAGAAACCCGCUAAACCAUUUCAACCACGUCCAUAUCAUGAACACUAUGAGUAGAUGGACUGGUGCGAUUAAGAAAUCCACCCUAACAGAAACAGUUAUAAGAACAUAGCCUUUGAAAUUUUAUAGCUUUAUUUUUACCUAGUUAUAAUCUUGUAACUAAACUGACGUAACACAUUUUUCUACCAUUUGAUUUGAUUAUUUUGCAAAAUUCAACUAUGUUUUGACUUUGUUUGUACAAAUAGAGUCUCCUGCGCAGACGCUCUUUGGGCUCGUCACGCAAUCUCCCUCCAUUUCGUAACGAAGCAAGAGAGCGUCUGCAUAGGAGGCUAGCAUAAAUAGAGCCUGAAAAUUCCACCCCUAAGUACAGUAGAAGCCAUCUUGGAAACUUCUUGAUGCAGACCCAUGGUUAACACGAACAGUUCACGUGGUCCUUGAAAUCACGUUUCUCUCCGUAGAACCAGGUUCGGCUUUAAAGAAGUGAAUGUGCGGAUAUAUUUCGUACCUGCCUUUGAAAACAAAUCCUGUAGUAUUUUAAAUUCUACCUCUAAUCAUGGCAUUACUAAGUUUUCACGACUGGAUGCAUAUCUGGAUUCGGGAUAUGUGGAGCACACAUUUUUGUAAUUUUCCCUAAGUCUGACCUGUCCUGUAAACACACUCUAUUAAACACACUCUUAGCCAAGUACUUCGUACAUAUCGAUCGUUCGAUCACAAUUAUCUCACUGCAUUUGGUGACAGAGCAAAGUACAUAGAUUAUAGGCAGGUUUGAGGUUGAGAGUAUUUUUAUACCUAUUUUUGUUGCUUCUACAGAAAAUUCACGAGAUUAAUUAAAACACGUACGAGAAAUCAGCAUUAAAGAGAAUGAUAAAAAAAAGAAAGCUUUGUUAUUUUGAAGAUUACAGAAGACGUUUUGCUCUUAGCGAGACAUUUCGAAAGACGAAAGCGAAAUAAAUAUUUAUGUUUAUCUGG